AUGGACGACUUGUAUGCUAAUGCCUGGAAUGACCCCGCCGACCCGCCUCUCUCCGACUUGAAGCCCUCGGCGAGCUCAAGCACUUGGCUCUCUCCCAGACUACCGGACGCGCACGAGGAGGCCGACUUGGCGGCCCCUUCAUGGUCUACCGGGGCUGGAGUACACUGGAAUGAACCUUCAGACAGCGCGGGCUUCUCCUGGGGUCAAGCCGACACCGAUCUUGCCUGGAAUAGCACCUACGAGGGCAUUCAGAUCGCAAAGCCUAGAAGUGUUCUCAUCGAAGAGGAUGCACCCGCCGCAGAACCUCAAGAUACCGAGAAAGAGGAUGCAUUCUCCACAGAACCUCUAGGCACUGAGAAAGAGGAUGCAUCCGCAGAACUUCCGGAUCCCGAGGAAGAGGCACCCUUAACCUCUGUUUCGCCAACUCCUGAACCUCCCUUCGAAGUACGUGACCCUUCAUCGCCACCUCCGCCUGUACAAGAGAUAUUGGCGACUGCGGUACCGCUAGCAGAUGUCGCAGUGCUCUCACCGCCCGCAGAACACGAUGUAUUUGGGACAUUCGAGUCCGCUCUCAGCCCCGAUGAGGAUAAAGCCCUUGUACUCGAGGAGAGCGCUCUUAACGCGGAUGCAUGGGGCUCGGCUUGGGCGAGCGAGUCGGAGGCCAAGGUGGCGCAAGAGGCGGAACCGGUAGACGAAUGGGAGGCUGCGCGACGGCGCAAGGCUCAGGAAGAUCGCAAAGUCCCGCCUGCCGUUAUAGCGGCACUGCUCAGCGACUGCAAGCAAUUCUGUGAGGAAACUUGGCCGGAGCAUCCGGCCGCGGACGUUGCAGGGAAGGAUGACUCCAGGAGCAAUUGGCGCAGAGGCUUGGAAGGCGUUGAAGGUCUAGAGGCCCUUGUGAACACAUUCCUCCCACCUUUGUCUCUACAACCGCCGGUGCACUUCGGGAAGACAGCCACGGCAAAGCGGAUGGCUAUGUCUGCUCGUCUGACCAAGAACAUGGCGAUGUCCAAGCGAAGCCCGAUGGCGCAUUACCUGGCUGCGAAAGGUUCGACCGCAUGGGAAGUCGCUGUGAAGGAGCGUCACGAAGUCGUUGGAGACGACAUGCCCGUCGGCUGGAAGAUCCUCGAGAAAGAGACUGCCGGCGAGACUACUGUUGACGCGGCCAAAGAGAAGAGACCUACGGGUCGUCUCUUCUCCUUUUGGGGGCGCCGAGAGUCCAGCACGACGAGCACUCAUACUCGGUCAUCAUCUCAGUCCGACGUCAAGGAUGAAACCAGUUUGCGGAGUCCAAUCGCGAGCGAAACCGCCGGACACUCAAGACGGCCGAGUGAAGACAGUGUGCGAUCCCUUACCAGUGGCGGUGCUGAUAGAGGUGCGCCUACUACGCGGCAGUCAUCCUCGUCACCUGCGUCAUCCACGAACGCAUCUACGUCGUCCCUCCCCGCUGGACCUGCACGAGCGACCUCGUAUGCUGACGCACCUGAGCCGGAAGUCGAUCCAAACGGCGUGCAGGCGCCUUCUGCUGUCUCGCGUUUCCUGAACAGAUUCUCUCGCCGGCGGAGUGCGAUGGGUUCUGGCAGUCCCCGGAAUUCGCUUGCGUUGUCCUCCGAUGACCUCGAGUUCCUCGCAGAGAUACCCAGUGCAAAUGACGGUGAGGAUGAAGACGAAGCCAACUUGAAGGCAUUCGAGAGUGUCUUUAAUUCCAAGCCUCAGUCUUCUGUUCUGCCUCCACCUCUGCCUCCUCCCUUGCCGCCACCGCCGUCAGUGAACACAGUUGCUCGGACCGGGGCGGGCCACUCCAUGGCAGGCAUGCAUUCCCCUAUCAACAGCCUAGACUCAACGAUGGGCCUGCUUGACUCGACGUUCACGGCCGCCCCUGCUGCUGCUGCGUCAUCUGUGAGCACCACGCCUCCUAUGGGCUUGUCCAGGAGAGACACUCGAUCUGCCAGCCCGUCGCCCUUGUCAGUGGAGAGGAAAGCCGUCCCCGCACAGCCCUUCUUCCUGCCCUCGCCUCCCUCAUCCCGCUCUCACACUCCGAUCCCCACCGUGCGAAGUGCCCUCAGCGAGCCGACACAGUCCCAGACGCCAUCUGUCAUGCAGGAGGCCGUGCACGGGUCUUCAUCUUCAUCUUCGAAGCUCCCUCCACCACUGUUCCCUCCUCCAUGGGCGCCCGUGCCUGCAUCAUUCGCGCCUGCAGAUGACACGAUGAAUCGGCCUGAUACUCCCACAUCGGUCUUGCCUCUGGCGGAACUUUACCCAGACGCAUAUCGUGCACAGGCGAACAACAGUGCGGCCCCGCUCGGAACCUGGUGGCACUCUCCCUCCGCUACUGGCGUCCCCGCCAGCUCCGUCGAAGCAGGCAUCGGCACCACCAUUGAUCCGUGCGCCCGCCGCUUCGCGACCGUCGACAUCAAUCCCCUCUUCCUCAGGCCCUCCAAGCCGUCCGCACCGCCCAAACCACCUGCUCUGCCGUUGACCGACGACGAUGAGGAAUUUUCUGAUUUCCUCUCGUCUGCGACGGUUCCCACGUCGUCCAAGCCCCUCGUGAGGUCCAUAUCCACCUCCUCACGGUCGUCAACGCCCAACAAGACACCGCCUUCUUCACUGGGACGCUCUGGUGGUCGCGCACCUGCGCUAGCCCAUCUCCGGAUAGGAUCACGAUCCCGAGGAUCGGCGUCGGGUACUCCUCCCCAUCCUGCGAAGUUGGCGUUGCUGGAUGAUAGCGAUGACUUCUCCGACUUUCAAGCAUCGCCGGCUACGGCUCAGCCGUUGUCGUCCAAACCGUAUAGUGGCGAUUCAUUCUCAGACUUCCGGUCGUUCGCGUCGUCGCAGCCGUCGUCACAGUCGACGGGAUCCUUCGAUACGGUGGCCAACGAUAGUACGACGUCAGACAAGACUUUCCUUACGCCCAAGAAAGAUCCUGGUUUCGACUUCCUGGGCUCGUACACUCAGUCUCUCCGCACCCCCUCUCCUCCUCGCCCGAUCUCCAAGGCGUCGCACAUGCCACCCACCUUGUCGUCUUCCUCGAAACCGUCCGCGUCCACCUCGCGGAGUGUGGCUGACUCCUCUUCAUCUCGAGCCAGUAAGGCCGCCUCACACUUGCACACUCUCAACCUUAUGGAGAAAGCAGCCGCGCGUCCAGGCCGAUGGCCGGCCCCUCCCUCGCCUCUUCCACAAGCUAUACCCGGACCGGAUUGGAUGUCGUCGAGCUCAGCGUCCGUGGAUCUGUUGAACGAUGAUCGCUCUCCAGUGCGACCAAAGGCUGAAAGUCUCACCGCAUCGCGUUCGUCGCCGGCUUUGAUGGAUCCUUUUCGACCAGCUUCUACCGGAAGUCUGGGCAAAGGGGCCAUUCCGAUGUUGCCUGCGCCGCCAUUGUCUCAGUCUCAGUCGUUUCAAUCCACCUCUUUCGGCUCUUUGCAGAGUACGGCAUUGCCGCCGACUGUCAUCCAACGGGGGACAGCUCCGGCGGCGAACCCUCCCGCAGUGCAGAGCACGGCCAAGACGAGUGGACUUUCCGCGCAGGAUUUAAUGUUCUUCGAGGGGCUUUAG